GCACUGUCAGUUUUGACACAGCGCUUGCAGCGAAAUGAUGUGUGUGUCGUUAAACACCCCACAGUAUUUGUGCUAUAAAACCCCUUCUUAAAUGCAACGAUGGAUAUAAAAGAUAUUAUUAAGUGGUUCAUACCCUGUUUUCACGUUUUACUACUGGCGGGUUCUAGAAAGAUGACUCUGUGGUUGACUUUCCUCGCUUCGUUUUUACUUUUUUGUCCCAGUUACGCGGCAAAAUUAAACGGUGCUAGUGACGUAGGUUUAAGUAAUAGUUAUUUGAAUGCCAAAGUAUUUAAUAUUAGUGAGAAUAAAUAUAAUUUAACGAGAAUUAAUUAUGGCUCUGGGGCAAUCGAGGACCAUGAUAGAUCGAAUGUGCAGGAAACCUCGGUUGGUCGAACCUUCGGGCGUCCCUUCAAGAAAAUGAUCCAGGCCUUCAUUCCACUCGCCUUUCAAAUGGGCGCAGCCUCCACCUGGGCGGUGGUGGCCGCUCUGGUGGGAGUCAAGACGCUGGCUGUUACAUUGUUCAUCCUAAAGUUACUGCUGAUAGCUGGUGCUGCUAAGAUUGGCGCGCUUUUCGCGUCCAAAACCCACCACAGCUCCGGGUGGGAAGCGCCGCAUCAGAAGGAAAUACACUUGCAUAUCCACAACGGGCAUCAUGCGGAAGAGCAAAUACCCAUAUCACCCUGGAGUAGAGAAGGCCAAGGUGCAGACACGAAGAAUGUGAACGUCGUCUACGAGCCCUAUGGCGGGCCGCAAACCAUAAGUACCCCAUACGGGCACUAUAUGAAAAUCGAACCAGCUAAUCGUGUACAAUGAAAUAAAAAUGAAACAGU